CUUUUCACUACCAGAAAACCGUACAUUCUCCAUUGCUCUACCUUCCUCGCCCACCACUUACCAAUUUUCAAAUGGACGUCUUCUUUGAAACUCAAAGAGGCAGACCAUUCUCCAUUGAAGUGGGUUUCUUUGACACAGUCUUAGAAAUCAAAGAAAAGAUACAAAAAUAUCAAGGCAUACCCGUUAACAAGCAAACCCUAAUUUUCAAUGGCCAAGUUCUUCAAGACGAUCGUGAUGUAGAACACUGUGAAAUCCUUCAAAACUCUCACAUUCAGCUUUUGAUUGCUCCUGAUAAUGAUAAACCUCAAAUCAAGGUCGAAGAAUCUUCUCCUUCCAAGAAAAUUCAACUCAGUAUCAAGAUUCCAUCCUCCAAAUUGCAUGUCCCUCUAGAAAUGGAUUUGAAUGAUACCGUUUUACGUUUAAAAGAAAAGAUACAAGAAAUGGAGUCUGUUCCAAUUCACAGAUUAAUACUCCAGUCGAACGGUGGAGAAUUGCAGGAUAAUCGAUCACUACAUGAAUGUGAACUGAUGGAAAAUAGUGAAAUAAAUGUGAAUAUAAGGCCAUCACCAACUUGUUCAGGGACAGGGUCAACAGGGGCCGCCGCCACCACCACUGGAACAAAAAAUAAGCUGAAGCUGAUGGUGCUGACGAAGUGCGGGACUAAGAAGAUACCGGUGGAAAUGAACGCAUCGGAUAAUGUUGGAGAGCUUAGAAAAGAGUUGCAGAAGUUGCAUCAGAAGCUGCAAUUUCAUCUUCCACAAGAAGGCUAUUUCUUUAUAUACAAACAGAAUGUGAUGGAUGAGGAUCAGUCUUUUAGGUGGCACCAUGUUUGCCAAGGUGAUACGAUAGAGAUCUUUAACGGAAGCGUUACGGGUGGAUCCUAAUAUUUUAAUUUAUUACUCCUUUUGUUUUUUAGCCUUGCUUAAUUAGAUAGGUCUCUUGAAAUUUUUGUUUUAGUAAUUAAUUCUGGGGCUGAUGAAAUGUUGUAAAUGAUCUAGAGUUUACCAUUAUCAUUUCGUACAAGAACACUAGCUAAUUAACCUUCA